AUGAAUAAAAAUUUGAAUAUUCCUUCUUCUAGUUCAAACAACCCUUAACAAAAGCUAACCAAAAUUUAAAAAAUAAUCUAAUAAGUUGAUUAAGAUGUAUUUAAGAUAUUUAUUUCAUAGAAAUAAGAAUAUUUUUUUGAACUAUUAAACCAGACCCUUAUGGAGAUUCUAUCGAAUGAGGUCGAAUAUAAUUUAUUUGAAUAUAUAAAUGAAGAUAUAACAAUAGGAUAAUGUUGGAAUUUUGAAUUUGAGGGUAAAAAGAAUUUUAAAGGAAAAACAAUUGGUGGUAAGGUUAGUAUAUACUUUUCAGGUGUUUUGAUAUUUUAAUCAGAUCAUCCUGUUAGAGCUCCAGAAUUCUAUUUUAAUCCUGUAGAAUCAGGAGGUUAGGUCGAUAGGGUUAUCCAACAUGAAAAUAUUUAUGGGGGUAAAAAGUUCUUUCUUUCUAGACCAUUCAUUGUGUCACCCCAUAUUUUUACCAUAUGUUUGGAACAAAAGAAAGUUUGAUCCAUUUGAGAUUUUACAAAAAAUUUAGAAUAGAUUUGACAAUCCAAGUACAGAAGAUAGUGUUUAAAAUCCUAUGUUUUUUUCAAAAUCAGAAUAAGAGAAAAAGGAAAUUCAAUAAAAGUAAGCAUAAUUCUUACCUGAUUUUUUUUCAAUGUCAUGA